CUUUGCUCUCUGUCUUCACGUCUUAAUGGCUCGUUGCCUGCUGUCCUAGCGAGUGACUGUGAGGCGGAGAGAGUGUGAUUUGAGAUCUUCUUGGUUCUUCGCCUGCUGCCGUUCGCUGUCUGUUGACUGACCGUCCUGUCGGCUUGUUCGUUUCGUUCGUCGUUUGCUGGCCGGCCAUAAUGUUGCCCAACUUCCAGAACCUGAUGCAAAACAUCGACACGUCGAUGAACAUGGGGUGCGAUGCGCCAGACAGACAGACAGACCCCUGAGGCUCCGGUAUCUCUGUCUGGUCUGUCUGGUUUGUCUGGUCUGUCUGUCUGUGUGAAGGUUGAUCAACAAUCUGAGAACCAACAACCUCAUCCUUGACGUGUUGAUCUGCGCCCUCAUCCCCGUGGUCCUGCAGCUGCUGCACUCGAUGGACCCCAUGGCCACCAUCAAGCGCUGGCUGGAGCGGUGGUUCAGGGAAACCUGGGACCGCAAGACGACCUACGUUCGCACCAUUGCGUGAGCGUCGCGGAGGCAGGGAGGGAGGGUGGGAGGGUGGGAGAGGGACGGGAGAAGGUUGGUUGGACGGCGUGCUGUGUGUGGGGCGUAUGCAGGGUGACGUUCAACGAGAACAGCAGCGUCUACGCGAAUUGCAGCAACACGGGCGGCAAGAUGACCACCCACCACCAGCGCAACAAGGGCCUGCAGGAGGCCAUCCAGCUGUACCUUCAGCAAAAGGGGCUCAAGCUCACCACGGCAGAGGUGGCCCUGUCCACGCGCAAAAACCCCGGUAGCCUUUGCACCACACACACACACACACACACAGAGAGAGAGAGAGAGAGGGAGAGCAUGGAGCCCUCUGAUUGCUGCGGCCUUGGGUCUGCAGAUGACGAGUACGAUUCCGAGGAUGAAGGCGAUGACUUCAAAGGUAAAGAUCCAUUCGGAUUUGACCUCUUUGACCCUCCUGCAAACCACCCCAAAUUCUCCCCAGCAAUGGACGACGACUGGCGCGUCAAGAAGAACCAGCAGCCGGACAAGCGAGAGUUCGACGUCAUCCGGCUCCCGGCCGACGGCAGGUGGGUGACGGUGGACUCCGAGAAGCGCCUCGAGUUCCGACACAUGACCAAGGAGAAGGACCAGGGGGACGGUGGGGGCGAGGAGGAUGACGGCCGCGACCGGGGCGGCGGCCGGAGGGCCUCCAACAAGGAGAUGACCUUCGUCUAUGAGCUCAUGUGGUGAGUGGAGUGCCAGCCCGGCGAGAGAAAUGGUGCGUGUUAGUUUGUCGAGCUGUGUGUUGUGUUGGUGGUGUGGUUGGCGUGUCAGCACCAAGGAGGCUGGCGACAAGAUCAUUGACGAGUUCAUCAAUGAGGCGUAUGACUGGUACGAGGCGCGCCGGCUCAAAGAGGCGCAGCGGGACAAGUCGCGUUACUUCUUCUCAGUCAUCAAGUACCCCACCAUCGACGAACGGGUAAGCCAAACACACACACCCCAAGCACGUCGUGAUACGCAGACACACGUGUCCGCCCCCUUCUCUGCUUCUCCUCUCGGCUCGGCUGCUGCAGAAGAACAGCACUGCCGGGCUGCCCACUUUCAAGAAGUACCUUUUGUCUGAGGCUAAGACCUUCGACAGCCUUUUCUUCGCCGAGAAGGAGGUGCUCCUCAAGCUGAUCGAUGACUUCAACAACAAGACGGGGAAAUUCCGCAUCAAGGGUUUCCCUGACAAGCUCGGGCUGCUGGUGAGUGAGACUAGACUCAACCAGCAACAGCACCCCCUCCAACCCCUCUCUGUGUGUGUGUGUCAGCUGGACGGCCCCCCAGGGACCGGCAAGACCAGCGUGAUCAAGGCGCUUGCCCAGUACACCCACCGGCACGUGGUCACCAUCUCCCUGGAGAAGAUCAAGACCAACCAGCAGCUGAUGGACCUCUUCUUCGACCUGGUCUUCCCAGUGCAGAACGACUGGCGUGAAAACCGUUUCAAGUUCCAUGAGGUCAGUCAGUGAGGGGGCGGAGUGAUGUGGGGACGGCAGAUCAGCUGUUCGGUCUGGCUUUGCUGUGUGUCCGUGUCUGUCGUGUCUGUCGUGUGUGUGUAGGUGAUCUUUGUGAUGGAGGACAUCGACUGCGCCUCGGAGGUUGUGUACGCCCGGAAAGGCGCAAAGAAGUACAAAAACGCCAAAAAGAGUGAGCUGAUGGGAUGGGUCGUGCGUGGAUGGAAGGUGCACAGACAGACAGACAGACAGACAGGUGAUGCAGUUGGCUCUGUGUUCAUGCGCAAGAUGUGUUUGUGUGUACGCAGCCAUGCCGGCCCUUCCCACCGUCCCCGACGACCCCCUGGACACCGUCACACAACCGCAAGCCCACCACGAGAUGGUGCGUCUGCUCACAACACACACACAGAACCACCCACUCCAUGCCCACCGCAACCCCCCGCUCUCUCUCUCUCUCUGUGUGUGUGUGUGUUUCUCCAGCUGCGUCAGAUCUCGCUCAACAGCAAGGUGCCUUCGUCGUCAUCGUCACCCUCACCAUCACGCUCCCCACCGCGCCAGCCACCCUCACCAUCACGCGGCGCGGGGGCGCUCGUCACCGACAUUCGGCUGACGGGAAUGGACGGCAACCACGGCAGCGACGAUGAGCUCACGCCCUCUGUGCUGCCGCCAACGGAGAGCUCGAGCGACAACAAGACAGAGUGGGAAGCGGCCUCCAAAGAGAAGGUGGGUUGGAAUCACAGACAGCAGGGAGGGGCACACAGAGACGACGCUCACGGACGGGGUGGUUCUUGUGCUGUGGAUGAUGUGGUGCAGGACCAUACGAGUGUCAUCCGUGAGGUCUCGCAGCCACCUAUGCCCUCCCCCACUCUCCCACCAGCACCAGCACCCACACCCACACCACUGGCACCGGCGGCAGAUGCAGCUGCAGUUGCAGAUGCUCCUGCUGCAGACAGAGAGGAGAGUGACGAUGAAGACCACUCCGCGGGCCCGACGAAUGAGGCGAAAGAGGCGGCUCUGAUGGGCAAGCUCCUAGGGCAGCUGAUUGGCAUCGGCGGCAAGAGCGACCCCAAGAAGGAGGGCAAGGAGGGCCCCUCUGGCGAGGGGAUGGGGCUGGGGGCGCUGAUUGGCGGUGUGGGGGUGGGCGGCGGCUUCGCCGACCCACUGGCAGACAAACUCAAUCUCGCUGGUGGGUGAGGUGACUCCAUGCCUUCACGCCGAAGACAACGAACGUCAAGAUGGCCCUCCCUCUUUGUGUGUGUCUGUUGAAUGGAUGGAAUGUGAUGGUCGGCGGAUCUGCAGGUCUGUUGAAUGUGAUGGACGGGGUGAUUGACUCUCCCGGGCGCAUCGUGGUGCUGACCACCAACCACCCCGAGAAGCUCGAUCCCGCCCUCAUCCGGCCGGGACGCAUCAACAAAAGACUCCACCUGGGAUACAUCAAGGUAGAUCCCCCCACCCCACACACACUCACACACACGCCCACCUCUCUCUGUGUCGGUGUGUGUCUGUGGCCUCAGGGCCCCGAGCUUUGCAGGAUGGUCGAGCACUACCUCGAGUGCAAGCUGAGCGACGACGAGCGCACAAGGGCUCACGAGGUGGCGCUGCGGCACCAUCUGACCCCGGCGCAAGUUGAGCAGGGGUGCGCCGAGGUCGAGACGCCCGCACAGCUCAUCACGCUGCUCAGCCACCUCUGAUUUGAUUGAUUCGUG